AUGUCGUCCAAGGUGCAAGAAAAUGGCAGUGCCACCAGCAACCCAAGUACCGCUUCAAGCAACACCAACGCGGAAGCACCCAACACCAGCUCGAUGGCUGGGUUGCCUCAUCUCGAGUCCCUCGAUCGGAUGUUGAAGUUGCCGGUGGUGGAUGCGACCUGGCAGCAGACGCAAAACGUGUACGGGCGCGUUAAAGACUGCAACCCACUGCUGACGUGGGCUCUCGGUACAGCAGAGGAUGUCGUGUGUCGAGCUGUCACCAUCUCAGCACCACUCGUCCAGAAGCUUGACCGGCCACUCCAGUUGGUGGACCAGACAUUGGUUAAGGGCAUCGACAAGCUGGAGGUGAACGCCCCCAUCAUCAAGGAACAACCGGCCGAGAUCUACCAGCAGGCACGUACGAAGGUGAUGGAGACGGUCAAGCCACACAUCGAGAAGGUGUGUGAAUUGCGGUCGGCUUCACAGCAACGUGCUGCCUCGCUGAAGGAUCUCUCCUGGCGUAAGGCGAACGAGGUGUUGGCAACACAGUACGGCAGCCUGGCGGUCAACAGCGUCGACACAACGGCACAGCUGGCCGAACGUCUGCUCGACUACUACUUCCCGAAGUCGGAGAGUGACACCGAUGACGAUAAUGUACCCAUCUCCGCCAAGGAUGAUCCCGUGCUGCACACGGUGCAAACCGUUGGCCGGCUCUCGAACAAGCUCGCCCGCCGGAUCUACCGUACCGUCUCGACACAGGUGAAGUCCCUGCGAAAGGAGGACGUUCGCGAUUACGUCGCCACGCUCAUCGCCGUGCUGCACCUGACCCAGUACCUCAACUUCAUCAACGAGAAGCGGCAGGCGGUCGAGAGUGGCCACAAGGAUGCGCCCAGUGAAUCUGCCACCGUUGCCGGAAGCACCGCCAGCACCUCCGAUGUGGUCGCCACGACGAACAGCAGUAAAACGUUGCAGCAGCAGCAGCAGCAGGACUAAUGCGGGUUGGAGAGGGGGCAUGAUGGUGAAGCGAGGGGAGGAGAGGGAGCUGAUAGUGGUAAAAGGGACUUUAGACUAAUGCGCAUCCAUAUCCAACACGCUCCCAGCUCCUUCAGCACACCUUGCUGGCAUGCAUACACACACACACACACACACACCUAGCACGCUGAAGUCGGAGUGGCAUAAUCACUCACUCAAUUGCACAUAACUAUAGCUAGAUGAAGGACACACAGAGAGCGAAAUAGUACAUCAAUCUACGUUAGCUAUAAGGUGUCUUUUUUUAGGUUCAGAGCUUUCCAGAUGCGUUAGGAAUACCCCCGAAGGUAUUGCGAUGGAGAAAGAGUGAGUGAGAGAGAGAGAGAGAGAUACAUAAUUAAACACACUUGAAGUAAAAAGCGAAACAAACGCUAACACAGGGGAACCUUAAAAGCACCUUAUCGGGCCAGAACAGUGACAGGGCGUCGAGUCGAUCCUUAUCGGCGAGUUGCACGUAUCGUACACCUGCUGUCCCAGCUGACCGGGAGUGACGCAAAGUGACAGGACGAGCAGUUAAGGACAGACAGCUCUUGCGUCCGUUUGCCCAAACACUGUGUGUGAGUGUAUGUGUGCAUGUGUGUACGUGCGAGCCGCGUCCAAUGCGCAGGCUAGCAGGUCUAGAUGUAAUUCGAUAUCUAAGCUUUAUCCACGCGUGCAACCGUGCACUGGCUUCUAUAUAUGUUUAUUUUUUUUUGUUUAAUGUAUACUUUUAAUGUUUAAUGUAUACUUUUUUGUUCUACAAUUUUUGUUUAUAAAAAAAACAUGUUAAUAAAAUAUG